ACCAAUGAGUCCAAUGAGGAGUCGUGUUUCUGAGAUUGGCAGGUACGCCCCUGGACGGUUGCGCCGCCUUAUAUGACUGUGUAUUUUCCUCACUGACCAAAGCUAGGAUGUGUGUAAACGUCACGCGUUGUUUUUCUCUCUUAUAGUUCAGUCAUUCUGUAAGCGGUGUUAUUUUGUAGCGAACCGGCGCCGGGAGCUCAUUCACGCACCGGAACUCUUGUCCUGCGGUAGUUUUGUUUGAUUUUUGUAGUUUUUGUUGCUGGUGGGGGAAAAAACAAACAAGUUGCAAGUUGAAAGUGAAUCGGAAUAUUUUUUUGAAGCGCCAGGAUGGCGAGUCCGCCACUAACGGGAGGGACCUCGUUAUCAAACGUCAACAUGUCUUCAAACAACGUCAAGAAAAGUGGAUACCUUAAAAAACAGAAGCACGGGCACCGGAGAUUUUUUGUUUUGAAAGAGCAGAGCGACUGCAUGCCAGCCCGCCUGGAGUAUUACGAGAGCGAGAAGAAAUGGAAAAACAAAUCAGCUGCGAAAAGAGUCAUCUUUCUUGACUCCUGUUUGAGCAUAAACAAGCGCGCAGACGCCAAACACAGGUACCUGAUAGCUCUCUAUACCAAGGACGAAUAUUUUGCUGUGGCUGCUGAAAACGAAAACGAGCAGGAAAGCUGGUACAGGGACCUGACCGAUUUAAUGACUGAGGGAAAAGUGUAUGACAGCGCAGUGACCAACUCGGCGUCCUCUUUAAUGGGCUUUGACGAGGGUAAUUACGGUAUGAUCACUCCAGUAAACGCCGCUUAUAAAGAGGUAUGGCAAGUGAAUGUGAAGUCCAAAGGACUUGGACAGACUAGAAACAUCACGGGAGUUUACAGGUUGUGUUUAUCAAGUCGGUCAAUUAGCUUCGUGAAACUUAACACUGAAGUUCCAUCUGUCAGUCUGCAGCUCAUGAACAUAAGGCGAUGUGGACAUUCUGACAGCUUUUUCUUCAUCGAGGUGGGCAGAUCAGCCUCUACAGGACCCGGUGAGCUUUGGAUGCAGGCAGAUGACUCUGUAGUGGCACAAAACAUACACGAAACAAUUUUAGAGGCUAUGAAAGCAAUGAAAGAGUCUUCAGAGUUCAGACCACGCAGCAAAAGCCAGUCUUCAGGCUCCAACCCCAUAUCUGUACCCACUCGACGGAACCUGAACAAUUUGCCUCCCAGUCAGACGGGGUUGGUAAGGAGGUCAAGGACGGACAGCGUGGCAGCCACAUCGCCUAUCAACAAGUUUACGUCUUGUCGGAUACGCACAGCCAGUGAGGGUGAAGGCACCAUGGUAAGGCCAGUAUCCAUGUCGGUAUCGGAAAACGGAAGCCCCAUUGUCCGGAACCACAUGAGCAGGUCCAACACCGUUUCUGUGGGAUGCCGUACAUUCGAAGCGUCGCUUCUACAGCACAACCGAUCCAUGUCCAUGUCUGUGCCUGUAUCUCGUUCACCCCCAUCUCCCAUAAGUCCACUAAGCCUUUCGUCUACUAGCAUGAAUGGCUCUACCUCCACCUCAGCAUUACACAAGCCUUCGAGUUGCAGCGGCUCUGUGUCAGGGUCACCUAGUGACACUGGCUUCCUGUCAUGUGAUGAUUAUGGGUCCAGCCCAGGCGAUGCAAAAUACAACACAUCCAACCGGAGCAAUACACCCUCAUCCUUUUCUGGGACGCCCCCUUCCCGUGAUAGCACAGAUCUCCACGGUUACAUGAUGAUGGACAGUCCAUCAUAUCACUCCUUGAAUAAGAUCCAGGCAUCCAGCAGGGAGAAGUUGGACUUGGAGAGAUUAUACAGGAAAAGAACAUACUCCCUUACAGCACCAAAACAACCUAGGGCUCCCUCUCAGCAGUCUUCAGCCUCACUUGAUGAAUAUAUGCUGAUGUGGGCAGUGCAUGCUAAUGGCCACUCUGGGCAGAGCACACACUCUGUCUCUCCAAAGGUUUCAUACCCUGAGGAUUAUGGGGACCUUGAAAUUGGCUCCAGUAGGAGUUCUGUCAGUAACCAAGGUGAUGAUGGCUACAUGCCCAUGACACCAGGUGUGGGACUACAAGGCGGAAAAAAUGACAGUUAUGUGCCCAUGAGCCCCAUGUGUGUCUCUGCCCCCAAGCAGAUAAUCAAUCCCAGGUCCCACCCUCAAGCCACAGGUAGUCAUGGCACCACCAGUUCUCCUGGCACUGGUUCACUAGAGGAUAAUGGUUACAUGAGGAUGUGGUCUGGCUCCAAAUCCUCAUUGGAGACCACUGAUGUCAAAGUGGCAAACGGGGAAUAUAUGAACAUGUCGCCCGUUGAUCCAUAUGUCUCAGCAACUCCACCAGAUUAUUUCCUUGGAGGGUGUAUGCCAGCACAGCGACCCACUUUUUUGCUAAAUUCUAACAAACAUGAAGGUUCUAAAAGAGGAGAGGACCAGUAUGUUUUAAUGUACAACCAGGGGCGUAAACGAGGAGAGGAGACAAACUGCAAUGCCACGUCUGUGCCCAGCCCCACCACCCUUCUCCCACUCAGGCAUAGCCGUAACGAUGGACUGUUGCACAGAGCACGUGUCAGCAGGCAGAACAGAUUAUCUCUGGAUACUCUAAGGAUGCUCCCAAGAAUGAAUGAACAUCCCAUCCCCAGUGAGCCAAAAAGCCCAGGCGAGUAUAUCAAUAUAGACUUUAGUGACUCUGCACGGUACUCCGUACCAUCUGGAUCAGUAGAGAGCCAGACUUCAUCACCCAGCCUUGGCAGCAUAAGAAGAUCCCCAAUUUGUGACUACAUGAACCUUGACCUGAACUCACAUUCCCCCAAAACAGAAACCCUCGCUAGUUCCCUACAUGAUAUCCCAGAGCUCACCAAUUGUCCAUGCUCAUCUGAUGAGGGAACGUAUGUCUCUGACGAGCAGAUCUCCUCCUCUUCACCUGGCAUGAGGAACGAUGAUUAUGCUGAGAUGAAGUUUGAUGAUGCAAGCAUGUCCCCCUCCAUCACCACAGAGAACGGUGAAACCGAUAUGGCUAGCCCAACUAACAGGGUACAGAGGCUUACUCUUAGUGACAACAACAUGCCAGGAAUAGGGGCAUUCCUCUUACCCAACUCCACAGUCCACCCUGAUGGAGAGGCAAAAGUGAUUCGAGCUGACCCACGCGGUCGAAGACGGCACAGCUCGGAGACCUUCUCGUCCACCACCACCGUAAUGCCCGUCUUUCCCUCUUUUGCCCACAAGUCCAAGCGGCAUAGUUCUGCCUCUGUCGAGAAUGUCUCGGUCCGGAGCAGCGAGGGUUCCAAUGAGGAAUACGGCAGCCCCAUGUGCAAAGAGACUUCUGCUGGGUUCCAGCAUGGGCUGAAUUAUAUAGCCUUAAACCUCAUGGAAAAUCGAGAGUUUGGGAACUGUGAAAAUAUGAUGGGAUUCAAGACUGUCAGUUGCUGCAAAGGAGGAAUAAAUGGUCUACAUGACAGCCCAUAUGUUUCGCUGGGAUUCAAAGAGACAGUGACCACUGUAAAAGUGUUAUCGCAUGCUGGAGCAAUAUGCUGUGAUGACUAAUAUUGAUCAUCGCACGGAUCUCUGUGGUAGUGUAGGUCCGUGACCAGACGCGGCGCCGCCGCAGCUGAACUUUGCUGCUGUAGAUGAACUUUGACCUUCAACCCUCACUCUGCGUUCCUGACAGACUAAAUGCUGACCCUGUCCAGGCUGGACACUUUUAAACAUGGCCCUCUCUGCAAGCAUGGAAACCACAAUCUACUCUGUCCUUCAGGAACUGCAAAUUGCUGCUCUGUAGGUGACAACUCUAGGUCACAAACCUUGUGUUAUGUACGGAUGUAUGUUGUAUAGGUUAUUUUUAUUGUUGUUAACACUUUAAGUAUAUUCGGUUGGCCCUGGCGGAAUUAAUAGAAUUACAGCCACACCUCAUCACUCACACCCUGCAAAAACCACACCCAGAAUGUCUACUAUUUACAUACCAUACACACAAACCUCAACAAAGGUACAUAUUUAAUGAUUUAUUUAUUUCUAGUUUAAUGACUAAUAUACAUGACAUUUACUGAUUAGCAACAAAGACCCAGGAGACGGCUACAUGUCCUACCUCAGGAAGAGAGUCUGUUGUGGGUGUACAAAAUUCAGACAUAAUGCCGAUUUAUGUUUUUAUUCUUCUUCUUCUUUACCAAUCCAAAGCCUUACUGUUUCACUGAUAUAGAAUUUGCUGGAAUAUACUAAAUUAGGACCUAUUUAAUAAGACAGAUCUAAAAUUAUAUCUAACAUAUUUUUUUAUAGAUGCUUAUGUAAUCUCACCUUGACCGAGGAGGCCACUUAUAACGUCACUUGGAAAUAUGUCUGAAAUAUGCAAGUCGAACCACUAAAUCACGUGGUUGUUGCACAUGACAAUUGCCUACCUUCACAAAGAUUAACACAGGAAUAAGUAUUAUUUUUUAUGACCAACGACACACAAACACGUACAUAUGUGCGUACAUCAUUAUAUGUAAAGUAUAGCUUGGUAAAGCGAUGCAUAUGUGCCCUAUUAUAUAACGUCUCCCUUUUUUGGACACUGCACCACAACUGGCACAAUGUAUACCUAGUGAAGGUGAACAUGGCUGUGUUAAAUUUAUUGACAAAGUGGUGAAGUACAUGGCGUGCUUAGUAACCGGUAGAAACACAGGCAUUUCACAGUGGGUUGCCAGUUGUUGACAGCUGACACUGUGAUAGCAAGCAGCUCCAGAUUGUAAUACAUGACACUUUUGAAUGUAGUGCAUGUAACUCGUUUAAGAUUUGUAAGAGGGAGAAAUAAACCAAACUAACUGUAGAAUUCCUUGUUUCCUUACCCCUGUUCAAACUGUACACUAUGUUAUUAUCAGACAAGCAGUUUGCCGAGGAAACUUACAAGAUCUUUUCUGUCGGAAAAGGAUCAAGAACUAAUCUCUAAAAUAAAUAAGCGAAGCAAAAUAACUCGUGUUUGCAGUAUAUAAAAUAAUAUAAAAUAACAGUUUGCAAAGAUGAAGUGCGUAUUGUCACUUACCAUACUUUAGUUUGUUUAUUUUAAACUAUAGGACUUCAUAAAAAGAGACACAAAAAGGCACUUUAUUAAGUAAUUCUUUUAAAAACAGCUACUUGAUUCUAGGGCAAAUCCUUUUCGGUACCAUCUGUUCACCCUCUUUAUAUGCAAUAUUUACAAAUGAAAAAGCAAAAUUAGUUUACAAAGUGGAACCAAAUGUGUAAAGAUUCUUAAUGUUAUUUGUCGAAAGCUUUUACACAGAGAUUGACUAUAUUCUGUUUGUACAUUUUCUUUCUGCCACCUUUUAUUGAACUUAAAAAAUUGAACAGUAUUCCUGGAGUAUAUUAUAGUGAAGCAUUGAUUGAACUUGCUGUGUCUUCCACUGUCCAAAUGUCAUAUUCUAUUUGUUGUGAUGUUCUAAUGCUAUUAAAAACAAAGUAUAUUUAAAGUAUCUUAGUAGAAUUAUAUAUAUAUAUAUAUAUAUAUAUUUUAUUUGUGUUCAUAAAGGAUAGGCACAUGCAAUAACUAAAUAAAUAUUAUCAUUUAAGUCAAA